AGGACCACCAAAACAAAUAUGCGUCUCGUACUUGCAGUUGUGGCAGUUCUUUCUCUGGCAGCAGCCACGACCUAUGUAGAUAGAGGAGAUCCAUAUAGUGACGGUCGCCUCCCCACUAAAUGGACAUUGAUAUCAGAAUCUAAAGACAAAGCCCCGCUACAUAGUAUUGUAUUUUCACCUACUAUUCCUGGAACGUAUGGUGUAUACCAUUUUAUUGGAGGAGUUAAUGGUUUUAUUCUAGCCGAAGCCUAUUCUAGCUAUCUGAGUGGAAUAUCUGCACAUGGAUUUAUUUGUAUUGGUGUAGAUAUUUUGUUCCCAGCCAAGAAGCGUGACCUCAGCAAUGUUUCUGAUAUUGCAGAUAAAUAUGAAAUGAAUAUCAGAUGGUUAGAACAGAAUUUAACUACAUUACAAGUACUGAAUCCUGGUGUAGUAAUUGACUGGACAAAUAUUGUUGUUGGAAGUCAUUCAGAGGGGGCUGAUAGUACACUGCUGAUGUUGCAGAAGAAUCAUACCAUCGCACGGGCUGUUGUGUUUUACGAACCAUUUAGCUUUAGAUUCAUCAAUAAAACCACUUUCUCAUUGCCAGCUUUAAUAGUAGGAACAGUUUUAUCUAAAGAACAUAGAGUCAAAAUGCCACCCUGUGUUAUCAAUGGUUUGGGAUUUGAUCACUUUUAUGAUAUGUGGGGCAAAGGGCCUAAAUAUUACCUGAAUGUAAAGAAUUUCGGCCAUUGUGAUAUAUUAGAUUUUGAUUUACGAGCUGUUUGUCUAGCAAUGAAAUUAUGCGAGAGUGGAAAUGCAACUAGUAUGGACCUGUACCAUGAUUUUACUAUGGGUGUGACGUCAGCCUUUUUAAUAAAUACUCUCUAUGGUUAUGGAAGUGAUCAGAAGUAUUUCACAGAUCAGCAAUAUAUUCCAAUUGAAAUAGAAACUAUUAAAUACAAUCUUACGUCAGUGUAA